AUGAUGACGAUUCAAGCUUCCAAGUUCACCCCUGAGGUCCUGCUCUCUGCCCCACGCAGGUCCCCGGGCAUCCCCAACCCCGCCGGCACCAAGGUGUUGUAUACCGUUUCGACCUACUCGUUCGACUCCCACAGUAAAACGUCUCAAAUCCGAGUUCUCGAUGUUGAGAGCGGCCACUCCACCCUCCUCUAUGAAGAGGCGUCCUAUAGCGAUGCAACAUGGAUUUCAGACCAGGAGGUUCUGAUGUUGAGGAGUGGCGACAAGGGAGCCACCAGCCUGUUGUUGGGAGACGUUACGAUGCCAUCCGUGGUGACCCGGAUUGGCCAUUUCGAAGGUAGCCUCUCUAGUCUCAAAGCCAAACCACUGUCGGACGAUAAAGUCGCCAUCGCCGUCUGUGUCCUGACGACCCCCGAUGGCGCCAUGUAUAACCCCGCAGCCGAGAAGAAGCAGCACACGACCGGGAAGGUCUACUCGAGCUUGUUUGUCAGGCAUUGGGACUCUUGGGUUUCCGAAAACCAUAAUGCAAUCUGGUAUGGCCUUCUCAAGAAGGAAGACAAGACGUAUAAACUGGAAGAGCCGGGCUUGGUCAACGCUCUCAAGGGCACGAAGCUACAAUCUCCGGUCCCGCCUUUUGGUGGUGCGGGCGACUUUGAUAUUGGCAAGAAUGGCAUCGUGUUUGUUGCGCGGGAUCCCGAAAUCUCACCGGCGAUCUAUACAAAGACGGACCUCUACUUUGUUCCUUUAAAAUCUUUCACGGAGAAGGAGCCGCCAGUGCCGCAGGUUGUCAAGACGAGCAAGCUGCGUGGGUACUCGGCGUCGCCUGUCUUCUCGCGGGAUGGAAAGAAGGUUGCUUUCACCCGGAUGAAGAGCGAUCAAUACGAGACAGACAAGCCGAGGCUGAUGCUCAUCCCAAACGUCUUUGAUCUUGCAAGCGUGCAAGAGUUCUACCAGACGGACGACGGUGCUGGUGGGUGGGAUGCGCGGCCUGAAUGGAUCACUUGGAGCAAGGACGAUUCGGAGCUGUACGUGUCUGCCGAAGAACACGGUCGUAUGAAGCUAUGGAAGCUUCCUUCAACACCGCACGAGGUGAAAGACUUGCCAGCAGCAAUCUAUGGGGAGGGAUCUGUCAUUGAGGCCAAGCUACUCGGAGACGAAGGUGAGAAGCUCCUUAUCAGCACAUCAUCAAGAGUCGAAAACUCGGCCUACUCGGUUCUCAAUCCGGUCAACAAAGAAACCGACCUUGUAUCGUCGAGCUCGAAGCACGGCAAGUCUUUCGGCCUGUCCCAGUCGCAGUGCGACGAGUUCUGGUUCAAGGGAGCAGAAGGAUACGACGUGCACGCCCUGGUGUUGAAGCCUUCGAACUUCGACGAGAACAAGAAGUACCCCCUUGCUUUCCUCAUCCACGGAGGACCGCAAGCCGCGUGGACGGACAGCUGGAGCACACGGUGGAACCCGGCCAUCUUCGCAGAGCAGGGCUACAUUGCGGUCAUGCCCAACCCGACUGGAAGCACUGGUUACGGUCAGCAGCACACCGACAACAUACAGAACGAGUGGGGUGGCCGCCCGUACGUCGACUUGGUCAAAUGCUUCGACCACAUUGAGAAGAACAUUCCUUACAUUGACUCGGGUAACGCUGUUGCUCUGGGAGCUUCUUAUGGUGGCUACAUGAUCAACUGGAUCCAGGGACACGAGCUCGGAAGAAAGUUCAAGGCCUUGGUAUGCCACGACGGCGUGUUUUCCACGCUCAACCAAUGGUCUACCGAAGAGCUGUUCUUCCCUCUCCAUGACUUCGGCGGCCUCCUCUGGGAGAACCGUGAGGGCUACGAGAAAUGGGACCCUGCCCAUCACUUGGGUCAGUGGUCGACGCCUCAACUGGUCAUCCACAAUGAGCUAGACUACAGAUUGCCCAUCUCUGAAGGUCUGGCCAUGUUCAACGUGCUGCAGACCCGCGGCGUGCCCAGUAAGAUGUUAAUGUUCCCGGACGAGAACCACUGGGUCUUGAAGCCCGAGAACUCACUUCUCUGGCACAGAGAGGUUCUGGAUUGGAUUAAUAAGUACACAGGCAUUGGCAAGUCUGCAGAAUUGGCCGUCCGGUAA